AUGAUAGGUGAUGCUGAUGAACAAAGUGAUAGGCAUUAUGAGCUACUUACAGAUGUUUCUCGUAAUAGCCGUCCUGCUAUUGAAGCAGUAAGAACUCCUUCCUAUAUUUCUGGAGCAUCAUCUUAUACUAGUUCUCGAAGAAGCAGUGAAGAUUCAACAGAUAAUCUUGAUCUGAGAGAACUAAGAGCAUGUUUAAGUGGAAGAGACUUAAAGCUCCAGCUAGCUGAUCUGGAAGAGAAAUUUCGUAAAGCUAUGAUAAAUAAUGCUCAGUUAGAUAAUGAAAAAUCAGCUUAUAUUUAUCAAGUUGAGACAUUGAAAGAUGAAAUUGAAGAGAUGCAAGAAAAUUUAAACCAAAUCCAAAAAGAAUAUAGGGAAAAAAAGCGGGUAUAUGAUCUAUUAACAAGAGAUUUCAAAAGUGUUAAACAAGAAAAUGAAUGUCUGCUUCAAAGCUUAAAACAGAGGGACCAAUUAAUACAGGAACAUGGACUUGUUCUUGUGAAUGAAAAUGUUAUAAAUGGUGAUAUAAGUGAAGAACAUUCCCCUAAACUUAAUGGAAGAAAGAAAAGCAAGCAGUAUUCUGCAGCCUUAAUAUCUCAACGUUCAGCUCAGCUUUUAGAUCAAGUGGGAAAUGGUUCUUUAGAUGUUAGGUUAAAGAAAUUUGUAGAAGAAAAACAAGAACUUUUAGAUGAAAUCUAUAGGUUACGUUUAGAUUUGGAAGAAGAAAGGCAAAAAUUAUCUAAAUUGGAGAAUUCUUCAACAAACCAUGGUCCUCAUGUGAAUGGACCAGAUAUAAAAGUUUUAGAAGUUCAGCGGGAAGCUAACAAACAAGUUAGUGAUUACAAAUUUAGAUUGAAAAAAGCAGAACAAGAAAUAACUACUUUACAAAGCAAUAUUUCCAGAUUAGAAAGUCAGGUUGCUAGGUAUAAAGCUGCAACAGAAAAUGCUGAGAAAACGGAAGAUGAUUUAAAAGCUGAAAAACGAAAAGUCCUCAGAGAACUAAGAGAAGCUCAGUCACGAAUAGAAGAACUGGAGACUUCAAAUACUCAUCUUCAGAAACGCAUUGACAAGCUGAAGUCUGCUCGAAAUGCUUUGAUCAAAAGUUAGUUAUCUCAGGUUCACAAUACAGUGUAAAUGAUGUUUGUAAAAGCUGACAGUUUUAAUACAUUUGGCAAAGGUUGCAAUUAUAAAAUUUGCACACUUUGACUAGUGAGACCUUUAUUAGACUCAAUGUGCAAAUAUUUAACCAGCUGAAGGUCAUUUAACAGAAUAUGUUGAAAAGCUUCUCUUUGUGUAUAUUGUACUUAUCUUAAUAUGAUGAUUAGUUGGCAUAUGAAGAUACCAGUAACAUGUAAGUUGCAAGACAUGUAAGUUAUGUAAACUUAACUGUCACUUCAGGUGCUCUUCUAUUUGAUUUGAUGGAACAUUGCAAAUCAGUUGCCUUAGAUUUUAUGUGGUAAAGUAAAAAUUAUAAUUUAUUUUGCAGUUAAUCAUAAGAAACAAGAUUAUGUCAUUCAAAAUUAAUAAUCUGUUACACAAUUUUUUCUCUAAUUUAAAAGCCUUUUUUUUUAACAUACUGCU